AUGCCAACUCCUCAACCCGUCAAGCGCCAGAAGCGCGAGGAGUAUCGCCGAAAGCUCCAGGACCAACAAGCUGCCGAUGGCGAGGUCAAGAUGCCGCAGAAGAAAUUCUUCCGGCAGCGCGCGCAUGCGAAUGUCUUCUCGGAUCACCAUCUUGAAUAUCCUACAAGUCCCGCACACAUGGACUGGUCCUCGCACUACCCAGCCUUCGUAGACCCCGACCCAACCCACCAAACCCUCAGCGGCACCCGCAAGCUCCUCAAAGACGUCGAAAUCGUCGACAUCGGCUGUGGUUUCGGCGGUCUACUCGUGGGUCUAGCACCUCUGCUCCCGGAGACAUUAAUUGUAGGACUGGAGAUCCGCACCUCAGUCCUGGACUACGUGCGAUCACGGAUUCACGCACUACGACUCCGUCAACAGCAAUUAAAGCAGGGCGACGUUGCACCUGUCGAAGUCGAAGAAACAGAUCGACCAGCUGAUGCGCCUGCUCCGGAAGAUGAAGUCGGAACCACAAAUGCUCUUGUUCCAGGAAACUAUGAGAAUAUUUCCGGAAUCCGCGCAAACACAAUGAAGUUCCUGCCCAAUUUCUUUGCUCGACACCAACUCUCUAAGAUCUUUAUCUGUUUCCCUGAUCCGCAUUUCAAGGCCAGGAAGCAUAAGGCAAGAAUUGUUUCUGAGUCGUUGAAUGCUGAGUAUGCUUAUGCUGUGCGACCUGGUGGAAAGUUGUAUUCUAUUACUGAUGUUGAGGAGUAUCAUCAUUGGAUUCUGAGACAUUUUACCCUGCAAGAUGAUGAGGAUGUUUCGAUGGGUUCGUCGAAGUUCCUUUGGGAACGGGUUGAAGGGGAGGAGUUGGAGAAUGAUCCCUGUGUGAAGGUUAUGUCUUCUGAGACUGAGGAGUCGAAGAAGGUUACACGGAAUAAUGGAAACAAGUAUGUGGCUGUAUUUAGGAGGAAGGAGGAUCCUGAGUGGGUUUAG